AUGUUAGCUCUAACAAGUGCUACUGGAAAGCUGGGCGGUGCAGUCCUCAACGCUAUCCUCGAGCAUAAACUCAUUGAUCCAAAGGAACUUGUCGUCUGUACCUCAACCGACCCCUCCUCCCCCCGCCUCUCCCACCUCCACUCCCACUCCCUCACCAUCCGGCACGCAGACUUCUCCGACCCAGCCUCCCUGCGCACCGCAUACAAAGGAUGCACGCGCCUCUUCCUCGUCUCCACCCCCGCAAUCGCCAUGGACUACAACUCCGCACCCCUCUGGUCGGGCCGCGAAGCGCACCACCGCGCCGCCAUCGACGCCGCCGUAUCCGUAGGCAUUCGGCACAUCUACUACACUUCUCUCGCGUUCGCUCGACCCUCGCGCGCGGGCGUGAUGCGCGCCCACAUACGGACGGAGGAGUACCUUGAGGACUUGCGGAAACGGGGGGUUGUGGAGACGACGGUGGUGAGAGAGGGGCUGUAUAAUGAGAGUUGGCCGUUGUAUUUUGGGUAUUACUAUGGGUUGAAGGGCGAGGAGAGGAGGGAGGUGGUGGUUGCGGGGGAUGGGAGGGUGAGUUGGACGGCGAUUGGGGAUUUGGGGUUUGCGACUGCAAAGGUGCUUGCGGGGAGCCCGGGGGAGUGGGUUGGUAAGACGGUUUAUCUGGCGCAAAGGGAGACGCGGUCGUUGGCGGAUAUUGCGAAGUUGGUGGGGGAGGUUAGGGGGGAGGAGGUGAGGUUGAGGGUUGUGGGGAGGAAGGAGUAUGAGGAGUUUUAUGUGAGGGAGAUGGGCAUGGAGAGGCCGGCGGUCGAGUGGUGGAGUAGCACGUAUGAGGCGCUUGAGGCGGGGGAGUGCGAGAUUAAGGAUGAGACGCUUGAGGGGAUUUUGAGGGAGGCGGGGAGGACGCCGGUGCCGGUCGAGGUUACAAUUCGGGAGAUGAUGAAGUGA